CCGGAAGUGUUUCAGUCCUCUGACCACAGGCCGCUGAAUGCAGAAACAAAAUAGUCGGUCGGUCUGUUGAAAGUAGCUGUGCAGGAACGUUAGCUGACGCUUUACGCAUGUGUGAGUAAAACGAAACAAAAUAUGGAUCCCAACCGGAUAAUCCAGGCCCUGAAGGGGACCAUCGACCCCAAUCUGAGGAUAGCGGCAGAGAAUGAGCUGAACCAGCGGCCAUCUACCUGAAGAACAUGGUGAGUCAGUAUUGGCAGGACAGGGAGCCAUCCGUGGGUGAGAUCAUCUUUCCCUUCAACGUUCAUGAGAAUGACCGGCAGCAGAUCAGAGAUCACAUAGUGGAAGCCAUCAUCCGUUGUCCAGAAUCUAUACGUGCCCAGCUGACUAUGUGCCUGAGAGCCAUAAUCAAGCAUGACUUUCCAGGACGCUGGACUGCCAUUGUAGACAAGAUUGGCUUGUAUUUACAGUCUCAGAACAGUGGGAGCUGGUAUGGCAGCUUGCUGGCUCUCUAUCAGCUGGUCAAAACAUAUGAGUACAGAAAGGCAGACGAGAGGGAGCCWAUGCUGGCAGCAAUGCAGAUUUUCCUUCCAAGGAUUCAACAGCUCAUCAGUCAGCUGCUGGCUGAUGCCACCAUCUUCUCAGUCCUGAUCCAGAAACAAAUACUGAAAAUUUUUUAUGCUCUUGUACAGUAUUCCCUGCCUCUCCAGCUGAUCAACAAUGCCGUGAUGACUCAGUGGAUGGAAAUCUUGCGAUCCAUUAUGGACCGGGAUGUCCCUGCUGAGAUGUUGGAGGUUGAUGAAGAUGAUCGUCCUGAGCUGGGAUGGUGGAAGUGUAAAAAGUGGGCACUACAUAUUAUCACCAGACUGUUUGAGCGGUAUGGCAGUCCUGGCAACGUGACAAAGGAAUAUUAUGAGUUUGCAGACUUUUUUUUGAAGACAUACGCAGUUGGUAUACAGCAGGUUCUGCUGAAAGUUGUGGACCAGCACCGACAGAAGCAGUAUGUUACUCCUCGGGUCUUGCAACAGUGCCUCAAUUACUUCAACCAGGGAGUAUCACACUCAUUGACCUGGAAGCAGAUGAAGCCACAUAUGCAGACUAUUUGCCAAGAGGUCAUAUUCCCUCUUAUGUGCUAUAAAGAUGAAGAUGAGAGGUUAUGGCAGGAAGAUCCCUACGAAUACAUCCGGAUGAAGUUCAACCUUUAUGAUGACCACACCCUCCCGGCAACUGCKGCUCAGAGCCUGCUUUGCAAAGCUGCUUGCAAGAGGAAAGAGGUUCUUCCUCAGAUGAUGGAGUUGUGUCACCAGACCCUGGUGGAGCCCUCUGCUGACCCUCGCAGGAAGGACGGAGCACUGCACUGCAUUGGAGCUUUAGCUGAUCUCCUACUAAAGAAACGGGUUUACAGGGAGCAGAUGGAGCUGAUGCUGCAGAACUAUGUAUUUCCAUUGCUAAACUCUCCCAUGAGUUAUUUACGAGCCAGGUCAUGCUGGGUGCUACAUUGCUUCAGCCCGCUGCAUUUCCACAAUGAGCUGGUGCUGAGGAAUGCUGUGGAGUUGGUCCGACAGAAUCUGCUAGAUGACAAAGAGAUGCCCGUUAAGAUGGAGGCUGCUAUCGCUUUGCAGACACUGGUCAGCAACCAGGAGCAAGCCAAGCUGUACAUCCGUCCCUACAUUCGUCAGGUGAUGCACGAGUUUCUGCAUGUGAUCAAAGAGACUGAGAAUGACGACCUGACCAAUGUCAUCCAGAAAAUGAUUUGCGAAUACAACCAGGAGAUGGCCACCAUUGCUGUGGACAUGACACAGAACCUGGCUGAAAUCUUCACGAGGGUUCUUCAAAGUGAGGAGUAUGAGGAGAAUGAGGAUAAGACUGUCAUGGCUCUUGGCAUCCUCAGCACCAUAGACACCAUCCUCACUGUCAUGGAAGAUCACAAAGAGAUCACUCAGCAACUGGAGGGGAUCUGUUUGCAGGUGAUUGGCCUGGUGUUGCAGAAACCCAUCAUAGAGUUCUACGAGGAGAUCCUGUCUCUGGCUUUCGGCCUCACCUGUCAGACCAUCUCCCCUCAGAUGUGGCAGCUUCUGGGGGUCCUGUUCGAGGUCUUUCAGCACGACUGUUUUGACUACUUCACAGAUAUGAUGCCUCUAUUGCACAACUAUGUUACCGUAGAUACAGACAUGCUCCUGUCCAAUCCAAAACACUUGGAGGUCAUCUAUAACAUGUGCAAAAAGGUGCUGACUGUAGAUGCAGGUGAAGAUGCAAAGUGUCAUGCAGCUAAACUCUUGGAAGUGAUCAUCCUGCAGUGUAGAGGCAGAGGUAUCGACCAGUGCAUCCCCCCAUUUGUGGAGGCCGUGCUAGAGUGUUUGAUGCGCGGGGUGAAGUCCAGUGAGCUGAGGUCAAUGUGCCUGCAGGUGGUCAUCGCUGCUCUUUACUACAAUCCAGUUCUUCUUAUUCAGACCCUGGAGCACAUGCACUUCCCACACAACCCACAGCCCAUUACUGCCCACUUCAUCAACCAGUGGAUCAAUGACACAGAGUUCUUCCUGGGGCUCCAUGACCGCAAGAUGUGCAUCAUUGGCCUGAGUGUGUUGAUGGAGYUGCCUAGUCGCUUAGCAGCUCUAGAAAGAGUAGCUGGUCAGAUUAUACCUUCCAUUCUGCUCCUUUUCCUGGGCCUUAAACACCUUUAUGCCACCCGKCUCAUCAACAAACCAGAUUUACUGCCCCACGCAGGAGUUCAAGAUGAAGACCAAAAUGAAGAGAUUCCCAGUGACGAAGAUGAGGUGAACGAGAGCCAAAAUCCCAUUCAACAGCAGCCUACUGUGACAGCCUGUCAAGGAGGAGAUGAUGAAGAGGACGAGGAUGAUGACUAUUGGGAUGAAGAUGGUUUUGAAGGAACACCUCUUGAGGAAUACAGUACACCUCUGGACUAUGACAACGGAGAAGACGAGUAUCAGUUCUUUACCUCCGCCCUGCUCAGGAUCCAGAACAGUGAUGCCGCAUGGUACCAGUGUCUGACGACCCCACUAAGUGAUGAGCAGAAAAAACAGCUCCAAGAGAUUUACAGUAUCUCCCAGCAGAGGAGGAGCACCGCUGCCAAGGGUCAUUGAACUCCCUGGACUCAGAGAGGCUGCAGAAUUAAAGGAGGGUGUCAAAGAGAGGAAAGUGAAGACAUCAUAAACUGGUUUAACCUAAUCUGGACUUAGUUUACCAUCUAAACCCAGAUUACACCGUGUCAGGCUUGACGGACGUUACCAGAACCAGAUCCCAGAGGAUCAUCAGUACUGGAUAGAGCUGAUGAGGUUGGGUUGGUCUCAGAGGGUCGAGGGCCUGAUGCAGGGGCUGUAAAUUUUUUUUGUACCAAGAGUGUCUGUGUGUCUGUAUGAGGACUUCAGUAGAUAGUUUGCAAUAUAAAUCUUAAAUGUUUCAGAUCAGCAGCAGUUUUUCAAAUGUUCCGUACYGUGUAGUCUUUGGACUGUGAUUAAGCAUCUAUGUGGUGUCAGAAUCUCUAAAACAUGUAAAGAACUAGAAGCUCUUUUUUUGUCUAUCUGUAGCUGAAAAAUGAGCUCCUGAAGCACGAUCCCAAACAAGAAGACAAGUUUGUUUUUGUUACUCUGCAGACUGCAGGAGGUCAGAGGUCAAAUACCAACAGCUGUGAUUGUCACAUUUUAGAAAUGUCAAAUAUUCAGGAAAUGUUGAAGGAAGCCAUUUUUUCGUGAGUUCCUUCUUGAUUUUGAUUUUGUAACCUUUUUCAGAACUAAUUUAGCAAAGUGAUAAAAGAUUUGUGAAAUAGUUUGCUAAACUGGUCUUGUGACUUUUUCUUUUUUYUUUUUUUUUAUGAGACCUGAGCACCGUAGGCAAUGUGAAGGCCUCUUGAAAUCAUAGUGGUUUUCAUGCUGAAAAAUUUGUAUUUUUUGGGAAUGUGUACGAUAAUCAAAAACUCGAAACAUUUUGCGAACAUUGUAAAAGUAAGUGAAAAUUUUCAUCCAAAGAGAUGAAAUGGCAAAUUGGCUCAACAGUGCCACAUAUUUCAGCAUCACAAUGAUCAACUUUCACUCGAAGCUGUGAGAUUUGGUACACGUAGAAUUCAAGGCAGACAAAAUGUUCCUUAAAGGUAUGAACUAAAGCUGACAGGAAGUCGGACAUUUUGGAUCAAAGAUACAUUUUUUGGGUUAUUACACAUUGCAUUUUAACAGAAAGAUUUUGGGCUAUCUUCAAACAUGAUUAGUAGCAAAAGUUAGAGUUUUCACCACAGGAUAUGAGUGAUUAGACCUUUAAUUUUGACUUGCUAAAAACAACCCUGUUGUAACUCACAUUAAACGUCUGGGCCUCGUUUCAAAAAGCAGGCUUAACAACCCCUGCAGGCAGAUACUCUGAAUCAACCUGCCCCGCUCUGUGAUACUCAGGAUUUUCGGUUUCAGAAAAGGUGAUAUCAACUGGGUAACUUAAUCCUGAGUCAAGUUACCACUGAGUUCAGUUGGAGCACGAAGCCCUCAUCAAUGGAAGUCAGAUAACGUGAUUCACCAUGGCAACACGAGAAAAUAAGAAGACCAGAAGUCCUUUUCUUGCGCUGAAACUAAAAAUAUUAAUGACGGCAUAUGGAAAAUAUCAACAUAUAUUAAACAAAUAAAAAAUUUAAAAAAACAAUAAUGUUGCUGCUGCAAGAGAAAAAGAGUUAGUGAGGCAGAGAAUUGCUCAUCAAGUCAACGAUUAUGAUUUUACAUGAAUCUAAACUUUUAUUUUUGUAUUUAUUUUUACUUUUCUUCUUUAUUCAAGGGGAUAAAAGUUAGUGUGUGUGCAUUAUAUGUGUGUGUGUGAACCCAGCCGGUACUAAAUGGAUAUGAUGGCAAAUAAAGAUUAAAUAUGAAAACAUGGUAAGGUCA